UGCACUUAGGACUUCGGGAGCCUGCGCUCCAUCACCUCCCGGUGUGACUUGAAGGCAAACCUGGCCAGAAACGGCUGCGGGGGUGAGUUUGAGAGCCCAGCCAGCAGCACCCAGGUCCUGCGGAGCCUGCCUCUCAGCAGCAAGGGCUCCAGUCCCGCCAGCUCAGAUGUCAUUCAGAUGACACCGCAGAAGAUUGCCCUGAACCUGCGACCAGGUGACAAGACUACUUUCCAGCUGCAGGUUCGACAGGUGGAGGAUUAUCCUGUGGACCUGUACUACCUGAUGGACCUCUCCCUGUCCAUGAAAGAUGACUUGGACAGCAUCCGGAACCUGGGCACCAAGCUCGCCGAGGAGAUGAGGAAGCUCACCAGCAACUUCCGGUUGGGGUUCGGGUCUUUUGUAGACAAGAAUAUCUCCCCUUUCUCCUACACAGCGCCGAGGUACCAGACCAAUCCAUGCAUUGGGUGA